UCUCCACCCCGUAGCCCUCUGAGCUGCCUGCCCUCCUUUUUCUCCUCCUUUUGCGCCCUUGAGUGUCUUCCUCCUUUGCAAAAAAACACGCGGGCGGGAUGGUUUUCUUAACCUCCUGCGCGUGGCUCCGGGUCCGGGUGACCGAUCGCUUCUGGCGCAAGCAGGAGGUGCUCCGGCAUGCACGGCAUUUCCGUGGAAGGAAGAACCGCUGCUACAGCUUGGCCGUCCGCGCAGUCCGGAGAGCUUUUGUCUUUGCUACGGAUGGAAGGAGCCAGAAAAAGAGAGACAUGAAAAAGCUUUGGGUCACCAGGAUUGAAGCAGGGUGUCUGGAACACAAUGUGAAAUACCACAAUUUAAUCAGCAACCUUUACAAGUGCCAGGUCGAACUGAACCGGAAGUCGCUGGCCGAUCUUGCAAUCUAUGAGCCGAAGACGUUCAAGUCCUUAGCCGCUUUAGCCAAGAGAAGAGGAGAAGAAGGACUGCUCGCUGCCCAAGGAGAUGGGAAACAGCCUGAAGGAAUAUUUUCACGCCUUUUGAAAGUUGCCUGAAGAUGCUGUUUGCACCCUGAGCACUGGAAAUAUUAACAGGACCCUUUGUAAGAAAUGAUCAGUCAAUAAAAUUUAUUUUGCCACAGUUUGUAAACUAAAA